AUGGGUCCGAAUGAACAAGGCUUCAUUCACCAACAACGCUUCUCGUUGAAGAGGACUUCUUUUAAAAUUGAGAGAAAGAACAAGAUGCUUGGAUUUCAAGUAAAAACUCAAAGUUUCAUACAAGCAGGAACAGUCAUUGCAGAGUUUACCGGUGAAUCAGUGGACAUUUCAAGAAAAUUCCUGGAUGCAACUGCGGAGCGGUCAGUUCACUAUUCUCUCUUCAAAGAUGGAUCCACCUCUGUUUCCAACGUGCCUCAAACGGGACAGUUUAUAGUGAAGGCCCCUCACAACACCAUUAUUCAAAUUGAAACUCGAAGAUUCACUGGUCGACACGAAAAACAUGAGGCAAUUCAAAUCAAUGUGGAAGAAAAGAUGUCACAUAUGAACCAUGAAGAUAUACGAAAGCUCACGGAAAACUUAAAGGCGCACGGAAAGGCUAGCGUGAUUUUGAAGAGCUUCUACUACACGAUAGUGUGA